AUCUUUCUCCCUCUUUUCCCUUUUGGUCUCGGAUUCUUUUUUCUCUCUCUCUCUUGGCUGUGGCGAUGCAGAUUAGGUUUGUAGCAGAUCCGAACAGAUAACGCGAUAACCAGAAUCUAAGCUAUCUGCCUGUCUCCGCUUAAUAUGAAGGUAGAGAAGGUUGGAAACCCUCUCUCUACCAUUUUUAUCAGGUGGUAUACUGUAGAAGAUGACUCACAUUUUGAAAUUCUUUCCUUCCAUUUCAGUGGACGAUCCCAAUGUGAACUGAUUGAUCAAGGUGCUACCCUGACUUAAUAAUCUCAAUUUGCUUGUUGGUUCUGUUUCCGUACCAAAAUGGGCAAAUGCAAGGGAUGCGGAAAGUUGGGAAGAAUGGUGCUGAGGGAUGUAUCUUCUAGUGCUUAUCAAUUUUCUCUUCUGCUAUCUCCCGUGGUUUCUGUUUGGGAUUGUAUUGUUCGUAAAAGGAGAUAUUCCUUCAGACCUGAGUGGGUGUAGUCGUAGGACAGUUGAUGUUAUAUUACUUUAUAGGUUUAGAAAUUUACAGAGAAUUUUGUUUUCCAUAGAAGAUGGUUACACAACAUUUUACUUGCCCUAGUUGAUCUCUUCAGAAGGGAAGAUUUACAGGAAAGGAUUGGUUAGUUAAAGAAGUUAGUGCCUUACGGAUAAUAUGGCUUGCGCUCAAGUGCCAACUGUUGUUAGUAAUGAAAAAAAGAAACAGUCAAAAUAUGAAUUGGAUCGUCUCAAACAGGCUGAAAAGAAAAAGAGGCGCCUGGAGAAAGCACUUGCCACUUCUGCUGCCAUUCGGGCAGAGCUAGAAAAGAAGAAACAGAACCAGAAAGAAGAGGAGCAGAAGCCUGAUGAUGGAGGUGCAAAGAAAGAAGAGCAGCAGAGACUUGAUGGUGGAGGUGCUGCAAUAGCUGAAGAAAGCCUUGUGGAUAAUAUGGCUUACGCUCAAGUGCCAACUGUUGUUAGCAAAGAAAAGAAGAAGCAGGCAAAAUAUGAGCUGGAUCGUCUCAAACAGGCUGAAAAGAAAAAGAGGCGCCUGGAGAAAGCACUUGCGACUUCAGCUGCCAUUCGCUCAGAACUAGAAAAGAAGAAACAGAAAAAGAAAGAAGAGCAGCAGAGGCUUGAUGAAGAAGGUGCUGCAAUAGCUGAGGCAGUAGCUCUACAUGUCCUUGCUGAAGAUACUGACGAUUCAUGUGAGAUUGGGCUGAAAAGGGAUGAAGCGUUCAACCCAUGGGGUCAUAAAACUAAUAAUGGCCUGUUCAAGGAAGGAUGGAGAACAGGCCUUCCACAUCAGGGUUUUAUGAAGCCUUCCCUUGAAGGGUUGGGUUGGAUGCCCGAUGCCUGUGGGUCUGGAUUCAAGUGGAAUGAUUGGGGGAUGAGUGGCUGGUCAUUGUCACCUGGGGUUUUUGGAAGAGAUCUCCAUUCACCAUAUAUUGAUGAGAAAGGUCGAGCUCGAUCCAUGACUGAGACAUCAGCAGGACUUAUUGCAGCACAGGCGGUUUCAUCACUUCAAAUUGCAGAAGAUGCACAUGCAGAUGCAAUCGUUAUAAAUGGAAUGCUAGGGGGUAAGUUAAAGAAAUUUUAGUCACCAGGACUGGACUCUGUAAGGAGGUUUGAUCAUGAUAGUUCAUCAGCAACAACUUGUAUAUAUUUUUCGUGAAUGUACUGUUCUUAUUUGUUGGAUAACCCCCCUGCUUCCUCAGUGUGAAACAUCGUUGCAGUCUCAUGUUCAUACCGUAUGUACUUACUCCUUGGCGUUAAUGAAAAAAGGUCUGCUUUCAACUUACUUUUUAA